GAACCGUCAUUCGAACACAAACUACCGAUCGUAACAGACGAAUUUAUUUAAAAAUGACAAAGUAUAAUAAACUAAAUCCUACUAAAAAAGAUGAAAUGGCGGAAUUCAUGUCAAGCCAUCCAUACUUGGCAAAAAAUAACUUUCCAAAUUCCGCGCAAGGAAGAAUUGCUUCCAAUAAUUUAUGGGAGGAACUGGCGAAGCAGCUUAAUGCCGUGAGGCCACCAGUUAAAGAUGCUAAGUUGUGGAGGAAGGUUUUUGGUGAUCAAAAAUACCAAGCAAAAAAAAAAGCUUUCCUUCAAUAAGGCAUUGAAGCAGCGAACUGGUGGAGGGCCCUAUAACGGAAAACUGAUCACUGUGACGGACGAACUGUUAAUCGAAGCAGCUGGACUCGAAGCUUGCGUAGAGGGCAUAACAAAUGUGUCUGCAUUUGGAAAUAACCCAACUACGCAAGCUUCGACGUUUAUAGUUAACUGUGAUAGUAGUGAUGAGGAGGCAAACCCUUUCCCCAGCUCUUUACCAUGCCCAACAACUUCAACACAGUCGCUACAACAACAACGUCAACAGAAAAAACUCCACGCACACCGAGGAGAAAAAGUAGGAGUGACGAAAAGUUGGAAUUACUUCAACAAAACAUGAAGUCGCUAUCAGUUUUUCAAAAAGGCAUAGACCAGAAGCUUGAGAGGUUAGUAGCAGCACAAGAAAAAAUGCUGGCCCUACAAGAAAAAUUGUUUGCUAUUAAGAUAGAAAAGCACCGCAUCCAACAAUCGACACGACAGUUAGACCACGAAAUAACAAAAUUGGAGCUCGAAACCUUACGAAGAAAAUUAUUAUAAAACUUGGUACUUGAAUGUAUAUAUUUUUAGUUUUAAGCGUUUAAUGAAUUUUUUAAUUUAAUAGAGCUUUAUUUAUUUUUGAAUUUUAAUUAUUUAGUAUUUAAGAAAUGUGAUAAAAGCAACAAACGUGAUGAAACGACUAAUUAAAAUUAAAAUAAUGAAUUUAUGUGAACAAAA